CAGAUACAUUGACCUCAAUGAUGUACCCAAGUAAAUAAUUAACUCAACUAAGUGAAAGAUGGAACAUAUUAUGUGAGCUAUCGAGCAGCUAGUCAGCAUGUGAAUGUGUUACAGAAUUAAACUUGGUACCCUGUGAAUGAGUGUAGGUGUGUGUGUGUGUGUGUCUGUGUGGUUGGGGGGGCGGUCUCCUUGUCACAUUGACUGGUUGCUGAACAGUGCACACACAGUCAGUGAGGCAGAAGCGUGUCAGACAUCUGAGCCUCUGCUGCAUCAGACCCUGACGGACACAGACACAGUGUUUCUAGAAGUCUCUGGACUCAGCAGUGUACGUAUGGACAGACAGACGGUGCAGCGGACCAGGGAGGCCUUCCUGAGUGGCAGGACCCGGCCUUUGGAGUUCAGGCUGCAGCAGCUCCAUGCCCUGAAGCGGAUGAUCAAUGAGAAAGAGACAGAAAUUUCAACUGCACUUAAACAGGACAUCAACAGGAGCCAGUAUGACACACCUCUCCUGGAGCUGAUCGGCAUUGAGAAUGAAAUCAAGCUGGCAAUUGACAAACUGGCCGUGUGGGCAGCUCCUCGGCCUGUAGAGAGGAACCUCCUCACCAUAUCAGAUGAGGUUUAUAUUCAGCCUGAGCCCCUUGGAGUGGUACUUAUUAUUGGAGCCUGGAACUACCCCUGGGCCCUCACUCUGGUGCCCCUGAUCGGAGCCAUAGCUGCAGGCAAUGCAGCUGUGGUGAAGCCGUCGGAGCUAAGCGAGUAUUCUUCCCUCCUCCUCCGGGCACUGCUGCCUCGCUAUCUAGACAAGGACCUGUACCCAGUAGUAACAGGUGGCGUGUCUGAGACCCAGGAGCUGCUGAGGCUGAGGUUUGACCAUGUCUUCUACACAGGAAGCAGCACAGUUGGUAAACUGGUGAUGGAGGCUGCGGCUCGCCACCUCACUCCAGUUACCCUAGAACUGGGAGGGAAGAGUCCCUGUUACAUUGACAAGAACUGUGACAUCAGAACUGCCUGCCGUCGUAUCACGUGGGGUAAGUUUGUCAACUGUGGUCAGACCUGCAUCGCUCCAGACUUCAUCCUGUGUGAACCCUGCAUCCAGGGUCAAGUGGUGGAAUGCAUCCGACAAACUCUGCUGGAGUUUUAUGGAGCUGAUCCCAAAUGCUCACCUGACUACGGCCGGAUUGUCAACCAGCGUCACUUUAACAGGGUGAUUGGCCUGAUGGAGGGUUACACUCCAGUGGUGGGAGGCCAGAGUGAUGCUUCACAGUGCUACAUCGCCCCGACAGUCCUGAAAGACGUGCCUCCCCAAUCCAGAAUGAUGCAGGAGGAGAUCUUUGGUCCUCUGCUGCCCAUCGUCACUGUGAGUGACAUGGAUGAUGCCAUUCACUUCAUCAAUGAGAGAGAGAAACCUCUGGCCCUGUACAUCUUCUGUAGUGAUAAGAAGGCUUCAAAAAAGAUGAUUGGUGAGACCACGAGUGGAGGAGUGACGGUCAAUGACGUGAUGAUGCACUACACACUCAGCUCUCUGCCGUUUGGUGGUGUUGGUCAGAGUGGUAUGGGCCGUUACCAUGGAAAACACACCUUUGACCAGCUAAGCCACCAGAGGGCGUGUCUGAUCCGGUCUCUGGGCAUGGAGAGUGUCAACUUGGCUCGGUACCCUCCCCAGGACCGUCGGCGGGCACGUAGGGUGCGGAUGGCCCUCAGGUCACCCCUGAUUGACAUGUCCAAGAGGACAUUCAUCUGGGCUGUUACGGCCACCAUCAUUGGCUUCGGCCUGUUCAUCAGCCUCCUGGUCAUCCUGCUCAUAGCUUCAGGCCUCAACUGUACAUGCUGGUACUGGAGAGGCUUUUAUAACUACUUCUACUGAUAACCAGAGACACUUCUCAAAGACAGUCACUGUAAUUUGUGUUCCAUGUUACACACCUGAACAAAAUGAAUCCUGUUUUACAUUCAGAUGUUUGAAAUCUUUACACAUAUGUUUUAAAUAUAAAACUGAUGAUUGAGGGUUGAGGCCAUUAGAUCUAACUUCUAUUUGCCGUGUGCCUGAUUUUGAACAUGACAUGGUUCUUAUUUGUUGCGAAAUUAACUUAAACAGAAAUUGUUCUUGAAGUGAGAAAUCCACAGACCAAAUACAGUAUUUUUUGCUUUUUUAUUACAGAUUACGAUUUUUGAUAAUAUGUUACUAAUUUAUUCAGCAAUGUUGGUGUAGUUCUUCUGAAAAUACCUUUUUAAAAUAAUACGUCAGUUUCAAGCAGCCUGUGACAAGUCGGUAUCCUUUCCCUAUUCAGCUCUAUAGUUUUUGAUCAUGUAAAACACGCAGAUCAUGAUGAAUCGCAUAUUUUAACUACUCUGUUUUGAAUUUUGAAACAACUAAAACAACCUCUACGGACAUUAAAAUGAACAUUUCUUGAAAUAGUAAUGCUCUGUUACUAUUCAUUUCACUGACCAAGAUUAGUUAUAUAGUUGCAGAUCACUGCAGGUUUUUGGUUUUCUCUUCACUACAGCAUGUUUAUCUGCCCACAGAUCUUCAGUGAUGUUCAACUCCGGGGACUGUGAAGGUUGUUUCAAAAGCUUCAGCUUGUGAUGUUGUAGAAACCAGCUUUUUUUUUUACUUUGGGCAUUUGCAUCUUAAACCUGUGGAUAUUCAGGGAAAUCAAGCCUUCCCCUCCGUGUGCAUUGUUUCCUGCACCACUGGCUGCCUCACAACCCAACAGCAAAAAUAUUUCCACAUUCAACGUUUCCUGCUGAUGACUCUACCAAAUGAACCCUGUUGAUGCUGCACAGUGGGAAGCUGCACCAUCACUCCUUUGUCAGAAAAACCACCAUGCAGAUUUCACUAUCCUCAACUGGUCUUGAAUUCCACAGUUCCAUUUAAGUGCUAAUUCUUCAAGACAAUUUAAACAGUCAGGGGCCAGUGGUUGUUUAGAGUGGUGUGAGGAAGAGUAUGGUGUUGCUGCUGCUUCAGAGCAGGCACAUUUUGGAAAGAGCAAGAAAGAUUCACAAUCAAAUCAGAAAAAGGUUAUGGAACUCACACAUCAUCAACCUGAAUUUAUCCAAUCUCGGAAAAUAAUCAUGAUGGCGUUGGUUCACAUGU